GCCCCGGUCUUGGUCGCCCUGGUAGCGGCGGCUCUCUGCGGCCACCCUCUGCUCGGCGUGAGCGCCACCUUGAACUCGGUUCUUGUCAAUUCCAACGCAAUCAAGAACCUGCCCCCACCGCUGGGCGGCGCUGCCGGGCACCCAGGCUCCGCAGUCAGCGCUGCGCCCGGAAUUCUGUACGAGGGCGGGAACAAGUACCAGACCAUUGACAGCUACCAGCCGUACCCGUGCGCCGAGGACGAGGAGUGCGGCACUGAUGAGUACUGCGCCAGUCCUACCCGCGGAGGGGCCGCGGGCGUGCAAAUCUGUCUCGCCUGCAGGAAGCGCCGAAAACGCUGCAUGCGUCACGCAAUGUGCUGCCCCGGGAACUACUGCAAAAACGGAAUAUGUAUGCCUUCUGAUCAAAAUCAUUUUCAUCGAGGGGAAAUUGAGGAAACCAUCAUUGAAAACUUUGGUAAUGAUCACAGCACCUUGGAUGGAUAUUCCAGAAGAACCACACUGUCUUCUAAAAUGUAUCACACCAAAGGCCAGGAAGGUUCUGUCUGUCUCCGAUCAUCAGAUUGCGCCACAGGAUUGUGUUGUGCCAGGCACUUCUGGUCCAAGAUCUGUAAACCUGUCCUCAAAGAAGGUCAAGUGUGCACCAAGCACAGGAGAAAAGGCUCCCAUGGGCUGGAAAUAUUCCAGCGUUGUUACUGCGGAGAAGGUGAGUCGAACAUUUCAAAUUUUGCUUAACCUGACAUCUAUUGGUUGGAAAAAAGAUAAGGGUAUAGUGUUUAAAAGAAAACGCACACAAAUAAAAUCUGAAUUAUCUUUACAUUU